AUGCAAAUGGAAAUUGUGAGUUGUAAAAAAAGUUCUCAAAGCGAUGCUGCUUUAAAGUCGUCUCUGAAUGGCAUAAAAAACGAUUUGGAUUGUUUCUGGAAAAGAAGAAAAGGAAAAUGCGAAAAACAUUCAUUGUUGAUGUGUAUUGUUAUUGUAAACAGUAAUUACGAGCUUCUUCGAAAGCAAUAA